UCCUCCUCCUCCGAGUCUGAGUCCCUGUCGUACUACCUACCCGUGUCCCGCACGCUAUUGAACAGCUAUCGACUGGUUCAGCCUGUAUCUGCAAGUGCUAUAGUUGACUCGAUACGAUGGCCGAGCCCAAGUUCCCCUGGUUCAGGAUGUCGAUUGCCUCCGUAGCGCUCAUGAGCAUUGGCUAUGUAAUUAUGAAGGCUACUACACCUUCGCCUGAACAGACAUACGCUGCCAUGUCACCCGACUUGCGACGGAAGGUAGACCAGAACCGCGCCGCUCGUCUAGCCAUGGAGAGUGAGACGCGGAGACAGGUGGAGGCACAGGUGCGAUCUAUCCACGACUACGACGCGGCACAUAACUCAUACGGACGAGUAUAUAGCUCAAAGACCCCGACUCUCAGAAACCCGUAUGGGCAGACCGUCGAUCAUAGUCCCUACGACCUGCCCACUCCACACCCUCCAGUCCCACCUCGACCCAACAUCCCCGCAUUGCCAUGUGCCCCCUCGUCAUGUUGUCCCACGUGUACUAUACACAGAUCAUAUAAUCACGCCCUCAUGUGUACGCUCUAGCGUGCACAAAUCCGAAGUGCGCAAUCCAAAAGGUCUGUCACAGGAUAUAUGACGGAAAGAAUGUAUAUGUCAAACAACAAGAUGAAAAGAUUCACAGAGGAUGACGGUAAUCUAGUAAACUACAGCGCAAGGACA